AGGCUCAGUUUGGAUUCAGCUGUUUAUCAGACAGCACGUGUACUGAACUGAAAUCACUGAUAUCAGGUGUGUAGAGAGUGAGUGCACAUCCUAAUUACUGCUCCAAAUCACAAGAAUAACAAUGGAUACUGACAAAGUACUGAGAAGCUUGGGCUUCAAGGUGUUGAAAAAUAUCGGUACCGGUUGUUUCUCACAGGUUAAGCUUGCCAAAUCUAAAAGGCACCGAAAGAAGGUGGCCAUUAAAGUAGUUAACUUACGAAAGGAGGAUUGUGAGUGGGCAGAGAAAUAUUUGCUGCAGGAGCUCGCCAUUCUGGGAAAAGUGAGGCACCCUCAUAUCGCCAACGUGUUAGAAACACACGUCAUUUACGAAAUGCCUAGUAAACGCGUGUUUAUCGUGUUGGAGCGGGCCGCAACAGAUCUUCAUGAUAAGAUCGUAGAGCUCGGAUGUCUUCCCAAGGACCAGGCCAGAGAGUGGUUCUCCCAACUCGUCAGUGCCAUGGUCUACCUCCACCAACAGGACAUCGCACAUCGAGACCUGAAGCCUGACAACAUCCUGCUCACAGCUGACAACCAAAUCAAACUAACCGACUUUGGUCUUGCAUGCUUUUCAAAAGGCUCUACUGAACUCUCCGACAGCAGUGUUGGCACCAUGAUUUAUGCUGCACCUGAGGUGCUUGGAUGUAAGAGCUAUGACCCUAAGAAGAGCGACGUAUGGAGCUUGGGCAUCGUUCUUUUUGCAAUGAUCACGGGGCAAUUACCGUUCUAUGGUGAACGCCUGAAGAAUGUCAUGCGUGCUCAGAAGGAACCAAUAACAUAUCCAACUGAAGCCACCAUGGAUAAGUCCUGUCGCUCGCUCAUAUCACACAUGCUCACCUACGAUCCUAGCGCCCGCCCUUCAAUGGAAGAAGUAGCGAAGCAUUCUUGGCUGCAGGCGAGGCGAGAAAGUUCUAUUGUAGGCAGGUUUGUUGUGGACGUUCUUGACAAGGAUGAAGAACAGGAGGGCGAGAGCAGUGAAGAUAUUAGAAGCGAGAAUGCCGAGGAGAAGAUGGAGGAGGAGGACAUCAGCCCCAGCCAAACUUCACUUCGUGCUGCACUUAAAAGAGCAACUAAAGUUUUUUCACCACUUUGCAGACCCUCUCAGUCAUUAAGAUCGGUAUUUAAGAAGAUAUUUAGAAGGACCAUUAGAACUUAGGACCAUAGGCUUUCAUUGAAAAUAAAAAUAAAAAACACCACAAUACUAUAAAU